UCCUUAAAACAUUUUGCAGGUUUCAUCCCACGCAAAAAAUAGAAGCCGCUUGACCCCGCGUAUAAAAGGCUUGGUCCCUGGCGCUUGGCAACACUGUCAUCCAAACAGAAGUGGCAGAAACUUUACCUUCAUUCGCGGGUACCUAUUCCCCACGCUCAGAAGUGAAAAUCGAGAUACGCUGUCUCCGUGCCACAAAUCGCGAUGUCUGUUACUGUGCUGUUCAUUUUCACACUGAUUCUGCCUGUUAUCACUGCCUCAGGCUGCCCUUCCAACUACGUGCCCCUGGACAGGACAUGCGUGCAGGUGGUGAUCGCGGCGAGGAAGGGCGAGUUCCCUGUGAGCUGGGACGAGGCGCGGGCGGGGUGUCGCGAGCGUGGGGGUGAACUCGUGUCCUUGAGUCCUCCCGAACUCCUCGUGGCCGUCUCCAAGCACAUCGAGACCAAGUGGCCAGGUCAUGUUGCAAACGACUAUCACUUCUGGGUCGGUGGUCAGAAGGUCGGGACUGACUGGCGCUGGUUGAAUGGUGAUGAGCUUAGUGUUACUUCGUCGCUAUGGGGUCCCAACGCGUCAACGAAUGACUCCUCCUCCUCCUCCCCUUCUCCUCCCCCUCCUCCUCCUCCUCCACUUCCCCCUCCUCCGACCCCCUCUACACCCAUCUGAUCCCCGCCGACACCCUCCACCCGCGCCGCUACCUCAGAGUGGGCGGGGCUAACAGCUACGCCCCCGGCUACAUCUGCCAGACGCCACCCAAAUGACCGGCAAGGAUGGGAUGCUGGCGGUCACCGGAGUGUUAGAAAGUCCAUUAAAUGUUGUGUCAUUUUUUUUUUUUCUCA